GUAGUUUUCUGGUGGUGUUUCCGGAAAUGGCGGUGUGAAUGGACAUUAAAUCAAGAUUUGUUUUGACCGACCUUCACAGGAAAGAUGAAAACUAUCAAACGAAUAGCUCGUGGAAUAUGUGACUUUGUAAAUGUAAUUGAGUACAUGAAACAUGGAAAAUACCCAACAGACGCUACUGACGGCGAAAAACGAAGCCUUCGGAAACGCUCCAAGAGCUUCAGGCUGGAUGGCGAAAAUCUUUAUUAUUUGAUGAAUACGUCAGAAAGUAGUGAUGACGUUUCAAAGAGACAUGAUCGUCUGGUUGUUCUUACGGAUGAACAACGUCUGGAGAUUAUUGCAGAAGCACAUGUAGAUCCAAGAGGUGUUCAUCUGGGUCGAGAAAAGGCCACAGCAAUUAUCAACAAGAAGUACUACUGGGUGGGCGUGUCCAACAUGGUAAGGGAGUAUUCACGAGCAUGUCAGGUUUGCCGAGCCAACAGGGCAGCCCAGAGCCAGGCCUACGAACUUUACCGUUCACAAAUAACCAGUACAGCCAAAGAAGAAGACGAAUUCCACGAUGUCGAAACAGCUUCAUCAUUAUCCUCUUCCUUGAUGUCCACUUCCUCUGACCUGGCUGAUGAUUCCAUCAAAAUGGAAUGGCAAAUAUCAUCAGACCCUAUGGCAUUUGGUGAAGUGGUGGAGCUGUCGGUUUUGGGUCCGUACAAGUGUCAGAAGAGUAGCCGAUAUGUGGUGGUUUUCCUGGAUGUGUUCUCUAGUUGGCCAGAAGCUUACCUUUUAGAUACUGUGACACCAGCAGAUAUUACACACCUCGUCAUGAAAUGGGUCUGUAGGUUUGGAGUGAUGCAGAACCUAAAUGUGAAGGACUGUGGACCAUCAUGCUCAACGACUCAGUGUCAACCCUUAACCAAAGUGUUGAAGGAUCAGGGUCUUUUUGAUGUGACUAUACAUCAGUGUUCCACUGUUUGGAAUUCAUCUGCACAAUGGAAUGAAGUAGAAAAAAAAGUUGUCAGUUUUAUUGAGAAUAAUGAGUGUUGGGAUAAGUGUUUAGAUUUUGCCCUUUUGCCUCUGCGUAUAUCUAGAGGAAAAGAUGCGCAGUACACACCAAGCUAUUUAACAUUUGGCAGGGAAUUCCGCCUGCCCCUAUACCUAUCACAUCGAGUGGAUGUCAGCUGCACAAGUGCCACACUGGACCCCCACCUGACAAUAGGCCAGAUGCAGUGCUCAACUGAUAGACUAGUCCAACUCUACACAGAAUAUACCAGUGAUAUGGGGAAAGAAGUCACGGAACAAAACGUUGAGGUGACGGACAAAACCGACUUUAAAGUACCCACAAAUUCUAAUCUGUCUGGAAAGAAACGUGGAAAAAGAAAGAGAGGCUUGCAACAAACCGACAAAGAGGUGGAAGAGAACAAUGAUAAUAGUGAUGUUGUUUACAGUACUGAGGGUUCAGAGGGUAAUACAGACGUUCCUUUGUCUACAGGGCUGCCCAAGGGGGCAAAAAAGCGUAAACCCAGACAUUCCCAGCAGCUCAAGGAUAGCAAACAUAUCAAAACAGAAUCAGCCAAGGAGGCAGAUAAUGAUGGAGAUUUUGAAAAAUAUGAUCAAGAAAUGUGCAAGAUAUCCUUAGAUGUGUUCUAUAGAAGCAUUUUGACCUACUUGGAAGAACAGACGUACCCUCGUGGGAGUAGUGAACACCUGAAGCGGUCCGUCAGAAAAGCCCACACUAGUUACUCUGUAGAAGAUGGAAAACUCAUGUACAACAUCGGAUCUACUGGCAAAAAGCAGGUGAUCACCACACUGAAGAGCAGGAUGGAACUCCUGAAGUCUGCACAUAUAGACUCAGAAGGUAAUCACAUGCCCGUACGACAUGUGACGAAGGAGUUAUCCCAAUACUACUGGAGAGGCAUGGUGGCAGAUUGUCAAGCAUUUGUAGCUGCUUGUCCUACUUGUGAUACGAAACGCUCUGAGAAAAAGAGGAAUUUACAGGAAGUAGUCUUAUUGGCUAGUAUCCGAAAAUUUGAGAAAAUUGCUGAAGUUGCAGAGAAACACUACUCCUUACUUAUACAGUAUCUACAUAAGUCAAAGUUCCCGCCAUCAACCACUGAUAAAGAUAAAACUGCAGUUGAGAAGAUAGCCUCCCAGUUUAAGCUUGUCAAAGGUGUCCUGUAUUUGAUGGACAAGUCGUCAUCCAUGUGUGUGGAAAUAGCCAGUCGAGCCCGCAAAAUGGCCAUCAAAUCUGCACACGCCAGUACAGGAAGUGCUGUUCCUAGCUUUGAAGAACUCUGUGGGGAGGUCAGUCAAAAGUAUAUAUGGCACAGCCUGACCACAGAUGUGCAUCAUUACCUGACCACACUGGAGACUACAGCUCAGGCAUGUACAACAGUCAGACCAACGAAUGUAGAAAAGAAGCGGUUGGAGUUCCUUGAAUUUUUUAAUGAUGAAAAAGCAUUUUUUGAGAAACAUGACAACCACUCUGUGACCAAAUCAAUCCAAGGCAAAGGCGAAGAGAAUAAUGAGGUGACUGCAGAGAUUGGGCUGGACAUGCAUGUGUCUGAAGAUGAAGAUGAAUGUGAAAGUGAAGAAAUCAGCAUGUCCAACAAUUCUGAACAGCGUACCACGGAUGAGACAGGGAGCGGUAAUAAAACAGGAAGUGAUUUGUGUCAAGGAACAGACACUGAGGUAGGACUGAGCAACUAUGUGAGUAAUACUCCUAACAAAGUCUACCUGGUGUCCACCACCAGGAAUCCUACAGAAACCGAGUCGGCAAUAACUGUACACAUAACAGAAGAAGCAGAUAAAGAAGGUAAAGACAAUAAAAGUGACAAAGAGGAAUCAUCUCUAUUAAGUGAAAAAGAAGGUGUUAUCAGAAGGAAAUCUCAACUCUCUGACCUUGGUGAAGGAGGAUUGGUGCAGCUAGCUAAUGCCCUGGCCCUGGUGUCUGAUCCUCUGACCGAGGCAGCUGUCCAGUCUAUUAUUGAUGGGUCAGACCCCACACAGAAGGGGAAGGUCACACUGCCCCAAAAUCCCUCAACUAGGGCAACGAAGCUAACAAACAAGAAAACUACUGUAGGUGUUAUCUCAACAAAAGUUCAAUCCCAAUUAUCAAGCAGCCAUUCCAACCCACAAGAUACAGAAGAGGCGGAGGGUGAGGAGACUGGGGAUGGCAAGAAGAAGAAGAGGACAUGUUUAUUCACCUGUGACAUAUGCAAUCAGAUCGUCCGUGGCAAUGUCAAGUUUAAAAUUCACUUGGCUAAACACAAUGGCCAGAAGCCAUUCCAGUGUGAAGUGUGCAACAAGCAGUUCACUAAUAUCAAGUCCAAGCGUCUACACAUGCGGAGACACACAGGAGUAACUCCUUAUCUGUGCAAUCUCUGUGGAAAGAAGUUCUCAUUGAUCGGAAGCCUUAAAGCGCACAUUAAAAUCCAUGAGAAAGGUGGUAAUGUGAAAACGAAUUGCAAGAUUUGUGACAGGACGUUUGCUAGCAAAAAUCGUUUUGAAAGACACAUGCAGUUCAAACAUCCCAACACUCCUCCAGUGUACAAGUGUGAUGCCUGUAGCAAGUUCUUUACCACCUCAAGAAGCUUGAGGCGACAUACAAUGUCCUUCCAUAUGAAUGUAAAGUACCAUCUCUGUGGAGUGUGUGGGAAAAGCUUCUUUAGGAAGGAGUAUCUGACAUCUCACUUGGCACAGCAUCAGGGACUAUCAGGCCUCCGAAAGAUCGCAAAGAAACGUGACUCCUCCAAGGCCGAACAUGGGGAGGAGGUGGUUCAUGUUGAACACAUGGGCCCCUCAGUUGUACAGCAGCAACAAGAACAACACAUAUCUGAGCCUGGAGCAAUAUUGGUGGAUGCCUCUGUCUUACAUGUUAGUCACUCCAACAUCCAAAAUGUCCCUCACGCAGAAAUUCAGGUCUUAGAACAAUCUGACGUACAAAACAUUGGUUCUUCAGUAGUGCAUCACAUUGGUCCAUCAGGCGUGACUCGGCCAUCCCAGGAAGCCUUGGAGACCUACCAGGCCACACAUAUUGUGGCAAGUGGGGAUGUAGCAUCAGACAACAUGGUACCUGUCGCACUGUACUCCAACUCACCAGUACAAUACGCAGACACAGGAGCUCAGGUGGAGAGCACUUACUACACAAUAGAGACCCCCAGCCAGGACGAUGAACAACAGGUUGCUCACACAGUGGUGUAUGGUUACCCUGCUGUACAGUAUGAGGUAGAAUGUAGCUCUGGGGCUGACCAGCUUAACAGUGAGGACCUUUCUGCCAUCAAUCUCCUCGCACAAGCCAGUGUAUGUCAGGGUAGUGAGUCUAUUACCUAUGUCACACACGGGUACCAAUAGUGUGUGUUUGGGCAGCAAGUCUAUUACCUGCAACACACAUGGGUACAGAUGUACCAGUUGUCUAUGUUUGGCUUGCAUAUCUAUUAUCUAGGUCACACAUGGGUACCAGUAGUCUAUGCUUGGCUUGCAUAUCUAUUAUCUAGGUCACACAUGGGUACCAGUAAUCUAUGCUUGGCUAGCAUAUCUAUUAUCUAGGUCACACAUGAGUACCAGUAGUCUAUGCUUGGCUAGCAUAUCUAUUAUCUAGGUCAUACUACGGUACCAGUAGUGUAUGCUUGGCUAGCAUAUUUAUUAUCUAGGUCACACAUGAGUACCAGUAGUCUAUGCUUGACCAGCAUAUCUAUUAUCUAGGUCACACAUGGGUACCAGUAAUCUAUGCUUGGCUUGCAUAUCUAUUAUCUAGGUCACACAUGAGUACCAGUAGUCUAUGCUUGGCUAGCAUAUCUAUUAUCUAGGUCACACAUGGGUACCAGUAGUCUAUGCUUGGCUUGCAUAUCUAUUAUCUAGGUCCCACAUGGGUACCAGUAGUGUAUGCUUGGCUAGCAUAUCUAUUAUCUAGGUCAUACUUCGGUACCAGUAGUUUGUGUUUUUGGCAAUGAGUCGAUUACAUGCUUCACUGGGCAGUGAAGUCACACACAGAUACCAGUAGUGCGCUUUAGGAGAUUGUGUCCACAUGACUGUAUGUCGCAUAUGGGUCUUUUUUAGGUCACCUGAGACAAAGUCUCAGGUGACCUAUUGUGAUCGCCUUUUGUCCAGCA